AGGUCAGAGGAAAUAUUUCUGGGUAGGUUGUCGAUAGGCUGUUGUUACCAAAACGUCGAUGCUCCACUUUUGUCACAUCACGUGCGGACCCGUUGGUUGAUCUUCGCGUGUUCAUGCAAGAGCAAGCCCACAAUCACACCGUCACUCCACCACGAUGCCAUCUUCAGACUACACGGCGGUGGCAGGUGGCGCGCUGAAACUCAAAGGUGUUGGGGUCGACAAAAAGAAGAAGAAGAAGAAGGCUAAGCCCGCCGCGGAUACGACCAAAGCCAGCGAAGAAGCUCCUACCGACGUCGCGAAACGACCCACGUCAGACGAAGACGCGUCCAAAUCCCACUCGGGUACGCCAGGUCGCUCUCUAUCACCCGAGUCUGCGGAACGAUCGAUAAGAGAGGGCGGUGGCAGACACAAGACCGAAGCCGAGAGACGAUACGAUGAAAUGCGACGGAAGAGGUUGGAGGAGAGGAUGAGGAAGGAAGGCGUCAAGACCCACAAAGAGAAGGUGGAGGAGCUUAACAAAUACCUAAGCGGCUUGAGCGAGCACCACGACAUGCCGAAGAUUGGUCCUGGCUAAAACGCGCUCGGAGCUGGGUGGCUGGAAGCCCUACACAGCUUAUAUACUGUACACAGGCCGGCAGCCAAUGGGAACAGAGUAUCCUGGAUAUCUACCACAAAAGAUUCCCCUGACUAGGCCAUCCGAAGACGCGGAAAGAACGGCUUAUUGUCUUACAGCACAUGCGUAUGCGGGAACGUCGAGGGAUGCAGUUCAUUCUGCAUGACUCGAACAGCACGGGUACUACCAGAAUAGGAUGAAUGGAAUUGAUAAAUGGACACGUUGCUUAGUACGGCGCUGAUUGUCUUGCCUUGUUUAAAAAGGUUCAAUUUCCGCGAUUUGGGCAUUCACAAGGGUCCUGGACUUGUAUGCGGUACAAUUCUUGGAGCUUGCGACCGUCCCGUUGGUGACUACCAGAUGGUAAUCUUCACAUCGGUCAGCUACCGGUAUGCUUACCGUCCGUCGUAUGUGAGCCGCCCAGGAUGGCUUGAAUGGCACCCCACAAGCCAGGCUCAAUACUCACAUGCGGGCGGUCUUUCUCCGAGAAUCUGGUAGGGCCGGGACAUGGCGCUGUUUGGUUGUGAGCACCGUCAUGUGGGUGGUACAGCGACUCUCACCGCCGAACAAACACGGCAAGAAAUCCGCGAUGUCGUGACAAG